AUGAGCUCUAUUCCAACGCGGAAGCUUCCCUUGAUCGAUCUGUCUGAAUUAGACGGCUCAAAGCCGGGGAUGGGUCCAUGGGUCUCCUUGCAAAGUCAAGUCCGAGAAGCCCUCGAAGAAUUCGGUUGCUUCGAAGCUUUGUAUGAGAAGAUGACGCCGCAGCUUCACGAUGAUGUGUUCCAAGAAUUGGAGGAGUUGCUCGAGCUUCCGGCCGAUGUGAAGGGUCGAUUUGUCGUCCCGGACAAGCCGUUCGAAGGCUACUGCGCCCAUAGUCCUCUCGUGCCUCACGAGGUAUUUGGAAUGGACUGUGCCCACAGCUCGGGCUCCAUCAAAAGACUAGCGGAUCUCAUGUGGCCGGAGGGGAACGCAAGAUUUUGUGAGACAAUGGGCAAGUAUUUUGCAAGCCUUUUGGAGUUGGAUUCACUGGUGAGGAAGCUGGUUUUGCGAAGCUUGGGCGUAGGGAGUUACCUGGAUUCGCUAGCCGAGUCCGUAGCGUACAGAGUCCGUCUCACGAAAUAUGCAGCUCCCGGGACCGACGAGUCCAAGGAGCUCGGGACGGUAUGCCACCGGGACACAAGCUUCCUUUCCAUACUUCACCAAAAUCACGUGAACGGGCUGGAAGUGCAAACUAAGGACGGACGGUGGCUCGAGGUCGCGCCCUCGUCUGCUUCCUCUUUCAUUGUCCUCACUGGGGAUUCAUUCUACGGAUGGAGCAACGGGAGAUUACGCAGCCCUCCUCACCGGGUGAUGAUGAGCGGGCACGAGCCAAGGUAUUCCAUAGGAUUCUUCUCUGGUGCCCGAGGCACAAUUCAGUGUCCUCAAGAGCUUGUGGACGAGCAACACCCUUUGCUUUUUAAGCCCUUCGACAUAGCCGGUCUCGCCCGCAUCUACCAGACCGAAGAGGGCCGGAAUGGAGCCUCGGCCAUGGAUACUUUUUACAGAAUAUGA